AUGCCAUUUUCAAAUUAUGAUUACGACCGACUUGUACAAAAUACUGUUGAACCAAUGGAAUGCAAUGAUUUACGUACAAUAUGUAUUGCAUAUAGAGAUUUUUCAUCCGAUGAUUUACCUAAUUGGGAUGAUGAAGCUUACGUCGUUGAUCAAUUAACAUGUAUUUGUAUUUGUGGUAUUGAAGAUCCUGUACGACCUGAAAUACCUGAUGCUAUAACUCAAUGUCGCAAUGCUGGUAUAACAAUACGAAUGAUUACAGGAGAUAGUAUUAAUUUAGCUCGAUCAAUAGUACUUAAAUGUGGCAUUAUAUCAGCAAAUGAUGAUUGUCUAGCACUUGAAGGAAAAGAACUUCAUCAAUGCAUAAGAACAAGACCAGAUGGAAAAGUUGAGCAAAAUUUAUUUGAUAAAAUUUGGCCAAAUUUACGUGUAUUAGCUCGUAACGCUUUAACAAAAGAAGCAUCAGAUAUAAUUAUUCUUGAUGACAAUUUUAAUACAAUAGUCAAAGCUGUAAUGUGGGGUGGCCAGGUUUAUGAUUCGAUAGCAAGAACUUCUCAAUUUAUAUUAACUAUUAAUUUUGCUACUAUACUUUGUAUUUUUAUUGGAGCAUGUCUUAUAAAAGAAGUCCCACUGCGUAUUGCACAAAUAUUUUGGAUUAAUUCAAUUAUAGCUACAUUGGCAUCAUUAGCACUUGCUUCUAAAGUAUCAGCAGAAGAUUUAUUAACAUGUAAACCCUAUGGAUGGAUACGACCAUUAAUAACUCGUUCAGCAAUGAAAAAUAUUAUUGGUCAUGUUUUUUAUCAAUUAGCUGUAUAG